UCCCCGUCAUUACUGCUUUUCUUCCCUUCAAUGCUUGAAGCCAAUCACUCCCUCCCUCCAUCAAAAAUGUCGCAAAAGAAAAUGUCUUUGAGUCGCAAACAUCACCUCAAGAGUGUGAUGCUGGCCAUCGCCAAAGGUCACCUCGAGCAGGAGGCCCGGGAGCGAGAGGAGCAGCGGGCACGCUACAUGGCUCAAUGCUGCCCCCAGCUGGUGAUUCCCAACACCAUGCAAGAGCUACAGGAGCUGUGCAGGGAGAUUCACCACAAGACGGACGUGACGGACGAGGAGCGCUACGACCUUGAGGUGAAGGUCAGAAAGGCUAACAAGGAGAUAGAUGACCUCAAGAUCAAAGUGCAGGAUGUGACGGGCAAGUUCAAGAAGCCCACGCUGAGGAAGGUGCGCAUGUCGGCCGACGCCAUGCUCAAAGCGCUGCUGGGCUCCAAGCACACCGUCAACAUGGAGCUCAGGGCCAACCUCAAGCAGGUCAAGAAGGAGGUCAAGGACGAGGACAAAGAGCUGCGCGAUGUUGUGGACUGGCGCAAGAACAUCGAGGACAAGUCGGGCAUGGACGGCAGGAAGAAAAUGUUCGAGGGCGACGCCUAGCGUCCAACUCGACGCCCUCUCAUUGGACGGCUCGCCCCAACACUGGCCGUGGCUACGUGCAAAAAUAUUUGCUCGUUAACCACGGGAGCUUUAAUGCAAUUAAAAAACAAAACAAAUCAUUGAAACUGA